AUCGAUUUCAAUCAGGAUGGCUUCAGGACACAAUAAGUUUGCUGAUGGGCAGAGAUGUCUCACCAACUGUUUCCCAGCAGGGACUUUACACCGAAGAAGAAGAGAAGGUGCCGGUCAUUGGCUUGUGGCCUACAGAGAGGCAGAGGAGCAGAGAUACAGGAAUGUGCAACGGAGAAUAAAAGAGACUUAUAAAAAAUGUGAGCACACGUUGGCUGAUGCUGCUCGCGGUGUCACACUAGAUCGACUCUUCCUGCUCCGGCUACAUUGUGUGGAUGUUCCUUCUGAGCUCUGCUCCGUUGACAUCAGUGACCAGAAACUGAAUUCUGUCGAGCCAGAAGACUUGAAGGUGUUUGAUAAUGUAGCUAACAUCGAUGCAUCUAUUAACUUCCUCUCUUUAGGAUCUUUCAGCAGUUUUGUGUCUCUCAGAGAACUAAAUCUGUCUUUGAACAGAAUUUGCAAUAUGACAUUUGAUGUUACUGACUUCCCUCAUCUUGAGGUUUUGGAUUUGUCCUUCAACCAUCUAUCACCUGAUUGUAUUGUUUCUCUCGGUCGACUUCCACGUCUUAAAGUCCUUCAUCUGACUGGAAAUAAGCUUCACCGUCUUCCUCCUAAUCUGGCUUCCUCAAACUGUGACCCCGCUCAGACGCUGGCUAAAGAGGAAGACGUCCAGUUUAAAACUCUUGAAGUCCUGAUGCUCGAUGAUAACAAGCUGUCCUCUGGAGUCUUCAGCAGUCUUACCAACCUGCCGAGGCUGAACCAUUUAAACCUACAGAAGAACCGUAUUUCAGAAAUACCAUUCACGCACCCGGCGGGAUGUUUAAAACCUGCACAGAUUUCUGCUGAGGAGCGAGCAGAAGAAGAGGGACGAGGCCACGCUGGGUCAAAUCCAAACACAGACGAACAUUUGAAGAGCAUCUCACUGAGCGUUCACAAAGACAGCUGGGAGGAGUGCUGCCAAGGAUCUAGUUUGCCGUUUCCACAACUUCAAUACCUCAGUUUAGCUGAAAACAAGAUUAGUGAGGAGGAAGCGCUGAUGGCCGCCGCUCUUUUCCCACUGCUUCGUGAAAUCGACAUUCACUCCAACCCCCUGACCACGCUGAGGAGAGGAGACCUUCCUGUACUGACCUACUACCUCCAAGAGAGACUGAAAAUAACAAUAAAGCGGAAGAAGACACCAGAAACCGCGAAGCUCCCGGCGAAACUGCUCGCUGAUCCAAAAUGGAAGACGGAAGAAAAAAUCCCAAAGGUGUCAAACAAGCCAUUGUUGAUGAAGACAACUUGCCCCGCUCAAAGUCAGGCUGAGAAAAGUCAGGCGACUGUCAAGGGAACAACCGGAUCUGAGGGCAAGAACAGCGGAGGCCAAACCUUCCAUGAAAACACGCAGCACUUCUUCAUUACUCAGGCAGCAGAUGUGCCUGACUAUAAAUUCCAUCUUCCACCUGAGGAGAAAGAAGCGGCACGGAAUGAGGAGAGAAACAACCCUCAACGAUUCACAUGCGACAAACUGCUGAUGGAUGCAAAGCCAAAUCCUGACGCGCUGAAGCCCGUCGGAAUUCAGACAGCUGUUAGGAUGCUGGAGCACACACUGAAGAAUCUUAAUGUUUACAGAGACUCCAAACCAAAGCUUGAUAGCAUCCAGACGCCAUACAGAGAAAGAGAGAAAAGGAUUAAGGAACUGCCACCUUUAAAAUCGAUAAAGCAGCCGGCUGAGAGGGUGGAUGAAAUGUUAAGGAGCAUCAAAGAGAGCACAACAGUAAAAGUAGUGGCCUUAGGCAGUGCCAUGCAGAGCACAGACGUCAACGGGGAGGAGUAUAAGGAGGCUCUGUCACUGCUGACGGAUAUGAAGACAAAGUACAAGAUGGUCCAUAAGAAAACAAUGGAACAAGUAGGAAGCCAUGACGGAAAUAUCGACCAAAACAAAGCUGAACCUUUGCCUGUGCAGAGGAUUUAAUUCACAUUCAAGUGCUGAACUGUCGAUGAAUGUUGCUGAUGUUGGUGUGCGUGGAUUUCUUGAGAUAAAUACACCUCAUGUUACAAUUAAUAAAAGCAGUGGUGAGUUAUUCU